AGAACUUUAGAAAGCAGUGAAUAUGAGAGACUAUAUGUUUAAAAUGUUAACAAUAAUAUUUCAUGGCUCCUAAAAGAUAAGGAUAAGGUUUCACGCAAUUGAAAAUUUUAACAUUGAACCCAAGCUGAACAUCAUGGCGACUUCAUUUGGAAAACGAAAGCUUUCGAAUAAUUUCAACAAAAUCAAACCGAUCAUAUUUCUAAUAUUGCAUUUCAAUAGUGGUCUUCAGCAUAUCAACGCAUCUUCCAUUUUAAAUAUAAAUGACAUGGUCAAUAUGGAUCGACCUUUCUUUGACGACAUAAGUCCAAGAAAUAUAUCGGCUGUUGUCGACGAAACUGCAAUUCUAAGAUGUCGAGUUAAAAACAAAGGCAAUCGAACUGUUUCUUGGAUGCGCAAACGGGAUUUACAUAUUCUGACCACUAACAUCUAUACAUAUACUGGCGAUCAACGGUUUUCUGUAAUUCAUCCUUUAAAUAGUGAAGAUUGGGAUUUGAAGAUUGACUACGCACAGCCGCGGGACAGUGGAAUUUACGAGUGUCAAGUGAAUACUGAGCCAAAAAUAAACCUCGCAGUUACUUUGGAAAUCACAGCUGAAAAUGACCUGAGAGAAAGAAACUCGGAGACACUCUACUAUGACUCAAAAGCGGCACGAGCAAAAAUUCUGGGAUCGACGGAAAUACACGUAAAACGAGAUAGUACUAUUGCUCUGGCUUGCUCGGUGAACAUUCAUGCUUCGUCCAUAUUGUGGUAUCACGGCUCAGCGAUAGUCGAUUUUGAUUCCCUUCGUGGGGGCAUAAGUUUGGAAACGGAGAAGACUGAAGUUGGAACUACCAGUCGUUUAAUGCUGACUCGUGCUGCAUUGCGAGACUCUGGAAAUUAUACAUGCGUCCCCAAUGCAGCUAUGCCAGCUUCAGUACGGGUUCACGUGUUGACGGGCGAACAGCCGGCAGCAAUGCAAACAAGUAUUGCGAGUAUUCCAAGUGCUUCUACGGCAAUCAUAAUUACGUGUUUGAUCAUAUCAGAAGUAUUGUUGAUUCAAAUCUCAAACUUAGCCCAAUACAUUCUCGUACAUGGAAGUUUAAGUUGACUAACUUCAUAUAUAUUUAGCUAUAACCCAAAAAUGUUCUUUAAAGAUUACAAGCAUAUUCCAAUGGAACGAUUGUAAGAGAACGAGUUUACUUAAAAAA